AUGGCCUGCGAGCUCCAUCACUCGCCUGGGCGUCUAAAGCGAUGGGUUCAGGAGCACGGCAGGAGACGCACCCCGCGGACCACGGCGCCAGAGCGCGUGCAGGAAGCUGCCGCUCACCUGGACUUGGUUGUCGCCCGCCGAGAGGCCGAAGUUGCGGAGCUACGGGUCGAGGCGCAGAGAGCCAAAGCAGCUCUCGAAGAUGCUCAAAAAAAAGAGGAGGAGGAGGCUGCGUCUCAAGAGGCAGCGCAGGUGGCACUUGCCAAAGACUUGCAGGUGUCACUGCACGGAGAGAAGGAGCUCUUAGAAAGAUUGGAUGCAGAGGAGGAAGAAGCCAAAGCAGAUGCUGCUUUGUGCGAACGUGCAGACUCUCAGAGGAGCAUUGCCUUGGCUGAGCUUCGCGAGCUGCACGGCCACCUUCAACCGCUUCAGGAGAGCCUUGCACGCGAAGAGGCGGCCGUGGCAGCUUUGAGGUCGGAGCUCACAGCAGGCCAGCUGCGUGCAGUGGGUUUGGCGCAAGAAGCAGCGGAGGCAAGCCGCAAGAAGCAAGCUUCUCUUGACGUCCGUGAACCUUUGAUUCACUACUUCGCUGGUCGCGCUUACCAGGACUGGGAGGAGAGUCGCGCAGAUGGUCUUCGCAACAGGCUUGUCCUGAAGCGCUGCUUCCGACGGUUUCAGGCCAUCGGUGAGGCAGCAAGCAGGCUUUGCCACCGAGCAGCUGCUUUCGAGCUUCGUCGACGUCAGCAGUUGACGAAGCAAUUUCUGGAUUGCUGGAGAUUUGUCCAGGGAGACUGGCAAGUGGAGGAGCGGCUGUUGACGCAGAUAAUGCGUGGCUGGGCCGAGCAGCGUCUCGGCGCGACUGGGCGGCGCUUGCGCGCUCUCCAGCUACGCAGGCUGGCUUCCGAGAUAUGGGUUUCUUGGUCGAGGCUCGUACCAAAGCGACUGCCGACUCGCUUGCUCAACGUCGACUCGGUCAGCUUGCAGCCUUUGCAACGACUGAAUCGUGGAAGCUGCCUGGGUGCAUUCCGUGGCUGGAGCUUUCUGACCUGGCUCCACUCCCGGCAAGCGUCACUGGCGAAGGGUUUCUGGAAGCGUCGCCGAGCAACAAACGUUGCAAGAGCUCUGUGGCAACUCAGGGCUUCGGUGACACAGCGGCGAUGCUGGCAUCGCUGUGCACCAUUGCUGUGGCGACUUUUCACCAUGCACCUCUUUUGCUGGCAGCGGCGCCAGCCAUUCGUUGGCUUCGUUGUCUGGCGCGGCGUGCAGCGGCGCUGCAAGCGUGGACGGUCCAUGGCCCUGGAGAAGCUAUCUCAGUGUGGGGAGAGGGAAUCAUUGGCCUGGAGGAGGGAAGUUUGGAAGCGUUGGCACGAUCUUUUGGCUGCGGGGUAUGCAGCCGUGCAAGCCGCUGCCAGCAGUCUCUCCACGCGCAGAGCUCGGCACCGCCAACGACUGUGGUUCCUCUGGCUGCUCCGCAGUACCCGACUAUCAUCUUGCAUGCUGAGGUGUGUGGCUUGGCUUCGAACGUCUCGCUUGGAGUCCUGCUUUCAGCACUGGUGCAGAUGCAUCUUUCAAGCUCGCCGUCUUUGCUGGUUGAGCAGACGCAUGCGCCAUCGUCUCCUGCAAGUUGUCGUGCAGAACUGGGCAUCUCGAAGACACAGACACAAAGUUCCCCGUGCUGCAGCGCAAGUUGGCCAGGCACAUCGACGAAAGUCACUGCAUCGCACCAUUCAUCUUUGGUUGUUGGCCUUUGAACGCAGGAGGCUGCAGGCCGUGCCCUUGCUGGGAGGAACGAUGAGAGCCCAGGCCCAUCAUUGCUUCCUGGCAGAGUUACGUGCAGCUCGUGCGGCUGAGACGAAUCUGGCCGAAGAAGAAGCCUUGAUCUCGAAAGAAGCAGUGUCCUUGCGAAGUGAACUGGUCCCUGCGGCUCACGACGUCGGAUUGGCGAGCCACAAGGCGGAGCAAGCCCAGAUGGAGCUGCAGGUGCAAGUCAAAGCCUUGGAGGAGUUCGAAUGUGCCGAAGUGGAGCAGCAGCUUUGUGAG